AUGGUGGCUGGAGCUGGUGUAGUAGCACGGGAGGCAAGCUGUAGGGUGGUUGGAGCUAUGUGUAUAGGCCUAGGCAUUACUUCUAAUUAUUUGGCAGAACUUUAUAGCAUAAUAAUAGGCCUGGAGUGGGCAGCGCCAUGGGGUUUCAGGAAAAUUCUAAUUCGUUUAGACUCUUCCAGUGUCAUUCGUGCUUUGGAAGAUGAUUCAUUACCAUGGUUUGCUCAACAACAGUGGUUUGUAGUGAGGAGUUUGUUUGAUUCAAUUAGAUUUGUGCACACUUAUCGUGAAGCAAAUUUUGCAGCUGAUAAAAUGGCCAAGCGUGGGUGUUUGUUGGAAAAUGGAGUGAGGAUGUACUAUGUUGGUUUUCUGGUUUUUUUAAGCUCAAUUGAGUGGACAAAUGUAACUUAUUAUCGUUUUAAGUAA